AUGUUGAAUAUUAUUAGAAGGAAUACCAUAUCCCCUUUGGGAGAGAAUCUUAUCUUUUCCAGGGCUUUUGUCUCAACUUCUAAAUUGUAUAGUGCUAAAGCCGCUAAAUUUUUAAAAGCACAGAGAAGAAGACAAAAAAAUGAGGAGAAACAGGCUACUAUCAAGAACUCCUUGGAGAGAGUAGAUCCAGUCUUUGGUAAGAAAAAUGUACCAUUCAUCGCUCGUAUAUCAGCAGAAUUGAAAGAACCAUUAGUAUUAUCAUCAGGUUACAAUGUUGAAGAGGUAGAGAAAUUUCUUGCCGCAAUCGAAACUACCAAGAAGAAACAAUUAGCAGAUCGUGGUAUAAAUGUAGACAUGAUAGUUUCUGAAAAUGAGAAGGAACUGGAGGAAAAACGUCAAGUUAUUUUAAGAAUCUUAAGCAUGAGAAAUGCCAAUAAUAAAAGCUCAAUCAAGUUGGCUUUGAAGCUUGCCCGUGAAGAAUUUCAACGAUUCCCUGGCGAUACAGGUUCCAGUGAGGUUCAAGCUGCAUGUAUGACUGUCCGUAUACUUAAUAUGGCCCAUCACAUUCAAGAACAUCGGAAAGAUUAUUCUAACACGAGACAUUUAAGGAUGUUAGUACAGCAAAGGCAAAGUAUACUAAGGUAUUUAAAGAGAAACAAUGCUGAAAGAUAUUACUGGGUUAUUCAAAAGCUUGGAUUAACUGAUACGGCUGUUACGGAGGAAUUCAACAUGGAUAGACAGUAUAUGAAAGACUACAAAUUUUUUGAAAGUGCUGCUGUAAAUUAG